AUGGCCUGGAUGCACAAACAAAAUCAAACAGUGCUAAAAGAAUUCAUUCUCAUGGGAAUCACAGACCACCCUGAGCUGCAGGCUCCCUUCUUUGGGCUCUUCCUCAUCAUUUAUGCAAUAUCAGUGUUGGGAAACUUGGGCAUGGUCAUCCUCACCAAGGUGGACUCCAGGUUACAGACACCCAUGUACUUUUUUCUCAGACACCUGGCUUUCAUUGAUCUUGGUUACUCAACAGCUGUGGGACCCAAACUGUUGGUAAGCUUUGUAGCUGAUCACAAUACAAUUUCCUAUCAUUGGUGUGCUACACAGCUGGCUUCCUUCAUCUUGUUCAUUGUUAGUGAACUUUUCAUUCUGGCGGCAAUGGCCUAUGACCGCUAUGUGGCCAUCUGUAACCCUCUGCUCUACACAGUAGUUAUGUCGCCAAGAGUAUGCUGGGUGCUGGUAGCAGUCCCCUAUCUUUACAGUGCCUUUGUUUCUCUGGUAACUACCAUCAAGAUAUUUAUUUCACCUUUCUGUGGCUAUAAUGUCAUUAGUCAUUUCUACUGUGACAGUCUUCCCUUGUUAACUUUGCUAUGUUCAAACACUUGGGAAAUUGAGCUGUUCAUACUGAUCUGUUCAGUGUUUAAUUUGGUUUUAUCACUUCUGAUAGUCCUUGUGUCCUACAUACUGAUCCUUAAGGCCAUCCUCAGAAUAAGCACUGCACAGGGCAGGCACAAGUCUUUCUCCACCUGCGGAUCUCACCUGACAGUGAUAAUUGUGUUAUAUGCAACUUUGUCCUUUAUGUAUGUGCAGCCCAAGUCCAGUCAUUCCUUUAAUACUGAUAAAAUGGCCUCCGUAUUUUACACUGUGGUGAUACCCAUGCUGAAUCCUAUCAUCUACAGCUUGAGGAACAAAGAGGUAAAAGGUGCCUUGCAUAGGAUAUGGAAAAAUCUGUGCAAACUUCCUAUAUAA